AUGUUUUGGGGUCUCCACAGAAGCCCUUUUAACAAAAUUCACCAUAUCGACAUUAAAAGCGAAAAAAUCCAGUUUGAGGCGGCUGGCGGAGGCUUCGUAGGAUCAGUUGUCAUGGCAUCGAGAAGGCCAAGCGGAGGCAACCUCUGCUGUCUUCCUUUAUGCCGAUCGAGGAAAUAUCUGGACUCAAACCUUCAUUUUCACCGUUUCCCGUCAAACAGCGAAUUAUCUGAAACAUGGCUGAAGUUUGUCAAUAGACCAGAUUUGUAUAGGAAAACCUGCAAGGAACUCAAUAAUACAUACAAGGUUUGUUCAAGACACUUCGAGCCUGAUAUGUACAUGAGUCCCAUAUCACCACGCCUGAAACACUCAGCUGUUCCAACCAUACCUGUUCAGGAAAACAUCUCACAAGGUGGGACUUUGUCAGUAGAAUCAACUGUGGCAGUUCCUUCUUCUAAGAUAGACAUCCCAGAUGCCAUUGCAACAGAGUGUGUUGAAGAGUCUGAUGGCCCCCUGCACAUUUUUAUACCCAGCACUGAUUCAGAAAAAGGAUCUUCCAGGGACAGCAUGGCAGCAGAGCCGUUAGAUGACUGGGGAUAUUUUGAUGGCGGUGGCGGUAACGAUCCAUUGGAAGUUACCAGCAUAUCGUCAGAUAUACCAAAGGAAGAAGCCAAUAGCCAUGAAAAACUGCAGAUGUUCCUGUCCUGUGAUAUGGCGUAUGGAAUGAGGGGUCUCUCUGGGUUACUUGAAUGGAUUGCGAGGGAUGGCGAGGAAUUUUCAGAGCAAGUCGAGCUCUGCAAAAUGACCAUGUGA